AUGAAUUCUUCAACUUUCUACAAUGCUUUAAUUAAGAGGCCAAAUGAAAGGAAUGAAGAGGAAAUUAAUACAAUAUUUAAUCAUCUUCGACGAUUAGAAGUUUUUGAAAGAUUACACGAUGCCCCAUUAAAAUCAGUAUGUAAAACAGCUAGACUUGAAAGACAUUCGGCCAAUUAUGUUUUGUUUAGAAAAGGACAGUUAGCUACUUGUUGGUAUAUUUUGCUUUCUGGAUCUGUUUUUAUGAAUAAACAAGUUUAUUUGCCUAUUGGAUGCUUUGGUAAACGUAGCAAUAUGAAUUUACGUCGAAUGAGUGAUUGUAUUGUGAUAUCACCAUCGGAUAUGAUUGUGAUUGAUUAUCCGGAUGUCCAACGCAUUACUGUCCAUUUACACAACAAUUCAGACAACAUUUUAAAUCAAACUGGCAAUCAGCCAAACGUCUCAGCUACCGCCUUUCCUGCUUUUGACGGCCCUUCUUCAUCUUCACUUUCAUCCUCACCUUUAGGAGGGGCGGGAACUUCAACACCUUCACUUUUAGUUAGAAGACAAAGUGGUGAUUGUGCUUGGAAAGGCAACAUUCAACAACAAUCAUCAAAGGGUAUUCAAAUAAUGACAAUGGCACCUCCACAACGGUCAGCAGCAGCAACCCCUCUUCCUCCUCAUUAUAAUCAACAACAAUAUUCUUCUAAAUAUCCUCCUCAUCAUCGCAUACCUCCACAUAUUUCUACUUCAAGCAAUCAACAACAACAACUUUGCCAUCAACACAAUAAUAAUAAUAAUCAUCUUUACCAACAACAAUCUACUAUUCAACACAUCCCAGUAACUAAUUCUCCCAUUUGCCAUAGAGUGCCUUCACCAGCGCCGACAUUUUCUUCGCCAGUUAAAGAUGUUUUUCAUUUUUCUCGUCAUCAAAAUAGCAACAACAGCAACAACAACAAUUCUCUUCAACAACAAAAUCGUGGAGGAGGAGUAUUUUUUCAUCCCCAAAUUAUCUUGCAACAACAUCACGCUAAAUCCAAUUCAAUGUCUUCAGGGAAUACUUCCAAAAAUCAACAAAAAAAUAAAGAAUUUUUAAAUGAAGUAGAAGUACCCUUUAUUAGAAUAAAACAACAACAACAACCUAAAACAUUGCCUAGAACAAAAAUUGAUGAAAUAAAUGGAGAAUUGUUAGUAGAGGAAAAGAAUUGUAAAAAUAAUAAUCAGUUUUCUCCAAGACAAAAAAGAUCAUCAAUAACAUCCUUGCGCGAUUCUCCAACAAUUAAUUUGUCAAAUUUUAAUAAUUCUCUAAUACAACAAAAAAUGGCGAUAUUCGAGCCUUCAAAUAAUUCCUCUUCUACACAAACUUUAAAAAUUAAUGAAGAAAUAAUUAAAGAAAAUAUUGACAAUUUAAAUAAUGAUACAAUGACUAAAACAAAGAAAAACACAAAAAUUGAAGAAAAUUUAAAUGGAAAAAAUUCUUUUUUGGAAAAACCUUUGAAAGAAAAAUUGGAAGAAGAAAAAUUUAAUAAUGAAAAAGAAGUUGCUAAUUUAACUGAAAAAAAUAUUAAAGUUCCAAAGUCGCCAGUUACUUCAACUAAUUUUCAAAGACUGAGCAAAAUUCGUUUAAAUAUGGGAAGUGGAAGAAGAAAUACGGUUAAAUUUUUUUUAAUUUUUAUUGAGAAAAAUGGAUUGGGGCUAUUAAUGUUUUUUGGGGAAAAUCAAAUUGUAAAUGAUGAGGAUAUUUCUGCUCUUGAAACUUUAGCUGCAAAUGUUCGUAUUCGACAACAAUCACCUCAGCAAAAUAGAACACAAGGAGCUGCUGCUGUAAAUAAAAUACCCUCAAGUGUUUCUGCCCUAACUGUGGAUGAUUCUGAAGAUUGUUUUGCUGGAUUGCCUGAAACCUCUGUAGAUAAUGAAAUGCUUGAUGAUUGUGAAGAUGAUGAGGAGGAUGAAGAAGAAGGAAGUUGUCCUUCUCACGAUUCUUUUCAUGAAUUACGUGAUAGUGUACGUGAAUGUCUUGAGAAAGAACCAUCUAAUAGAACUGGAGAGGACCUCGCAAUAUUAAUUGAAUUUAUGUCUUCAUUACCUUCAUUAGCCCAAUUACCAAUGAGUAUUAAAAGACAAUUGUGUUUAAAAAUGGUUUUUGCUGUUGUACCGACAAAAGGAACUUCAAUAAUGCAACAUGGAGAGAAAAUAGAUGCUUGGUCUGUUGUUGUAAAUGGAAGUGUGGAACACGUUCAUUCAAAUGGCCAGCAUGUAGAAUACCGGCUUGGUGAUUGUUUUGGAGUACAGCCAAUCGCGCAAACGCAAUACAAUGACGGGGAAAUUCGUACUCUUGCUGAUGAUUGCGAAUUUAUUCUUGUUGAACAUGGUGAUUUUUAUUCAAUUAUGUCUUCAUUGAGCAGACAAAUAGAGCGCGAGAAUGAUGAAAAAAGUGGAGAAGUGGUCAGGGAAGUUGAAAGAAGAAUGAUUGAUAAUCAAGUAGAAUUAGUAGUAACUAAAGCUAGCCCAGAAAGAUUACUCCGCCAAUUAUUGUUGGAUGAAAAAGAUGAUUUAUUACUAGCUGCAACAUCCCCAAUCACAGAAAAUGUUGAUAGUUUAGCAAAUAUUUCAACAAAUUCUGCUCAAAUGGAUUCUCAUUUUGUUGAAGAUUUUUUGUUAAUGCAUAGAGUUUUCUUCCCAGAUUCGUUCUUGGCUAUACGUCAAUUAAUUGAUUGGUUUAGAUUGGAGCCUAAACAUCGGGAAAGAGUGGCUAGAAUAAUGCUAAUUUGGUUAAAUAACCAUUUUGAAGACUUUGAAGGAAAUGAUUCUGAUGGAAAAAUGACUGCUCUUUUGAAUGAAUUUGAUCAGUUAUUGGCCGAUGCAAAAAUGUUCAAUCAUCAAUGUUUAAUGAGCAUAACAUGUUCUGUUAAAUCCCAAUCCAGACAAGUAACAUUAACACGUUCAGAUCGUUCAGAACCUCUUAAUUUUAAAUUGGUUGGGGGAUCCACUUAUGGAGGUAUUUUUGUAAUGUCUGUAGAGACUGGCUCUUCAGCAGAAAAAGUUGGGUUUCGAAGAGGAGAUGAGUUAUUGGAAGUAAAUGGCAAAAAUAUGCGUAAAUUCUCACUUUCUAAUGCUGAGGAUAUUAUCCGGGAAAGCACACAUUUAAGUAUUACACUCAAAACAAAUUGGAUUGGGUUUCAGGAAGCUUUGCUUCAUUAUCAAGAAGAUCAACAAACAAACUCAACUACAACCAUUUCAACAGCCAAUUGCCCUCCAAAAAAGGCCAGCAACCCUUCAGUACAAACCACAACAGCAAUGCCUUCUCGUUAUCAGAAGAAAUGUUCAAUUCCAACGAUUGCUGGUGCUGGGCAUCAUAAUAAACAACAUCCACAAAGAGAAAGACGUUCAACGCUUAGUGCUGCUAUUAAUCAAGUUGAGUUAAAUCCUCACCAACACUAUCACAAUUCUAAAGCAGGCUCUGCAACGCCUACAAGUGGAGGAAAUUCUACAAUCUCUCACAAAAAAGUUUUAAAUAAAUUAAUACAAAUUAUUCGAGGCUCUGUUGACGAUAAUAAUGUUUGUCAUCAACAUAAUAAAUGUUUACAACAAAAGCAACAACAACAAAAUGGACAACAAAUAACUAUUGACUCAACUGAUGGAGAGUCUAAAAAUAAUGGAAAUUCUUUGCGUGCAAGUCGUUCAAAUCCUGAUAUUUCUGUUCAUUCUUGUGGUCCUUGCACUUCGUCAAAUAUUUCAUGUACUUCAUCUUCAUCCACUGCCUCAAAUCGCCACAGUUCUCUUUGUGCUGCUUCCUCAAAUGGCAGUGUUGGAACUUAUUUGCCAAGAAUAGAUCAAGCAUUAAAAAUUUAUAGAAGUGAUCAAAGUUUUAGAUAUAUACCUGUUUGUGCUGAUUUAAAUGCUAAACAAAUUCUACAAUUAGCACUACAGGAAUUCGGAAUUUCUACUGAUUCAAUAGAUGACAAUUCUUGUUUAUGGGCUAUUUAUGAAUGUUCUGUAAGCCAUGAUGGUGUAAUAAAGCAAAGAAGAUUGCCGCCUACAGCUACAAAUUUAGCUGAAACUGUUGCAUUAAAUGCACGUUUAUAUCUUCGAGAUAUGCAAAAAGAGGAAAAUAAUUUAUUACCGGAUGAACUUAUACCAGAAGUUUUAAAACAAGCAAGAUUAACACUUUAUACAUUAAAUGCCCAAUGUAUUGCUACACAAUUAACAUUACAGGAUUUUGGUGUUUUCUCUUCUAUAGAGCCAACAGAAUAUGUAAAUCAUUUAUUCCAAUUGGGAGUUAAUGGAGAAAAUAAUUCUUCGAAACAGCGUGGAAAGGGUUGGGAUAAAUUGGCUGAAUUUGAGUCUCUAUUCAAUCGAGAAAUGUGGUGGGUAGCAACAGAAGUUUGUUGUGAACGUAAUGUUUAUAGAAGAUCUAAAUUAGUUAAGAAAUUUAUCAAAGUUGCCAGACAUUGCCAUUUACUUCGUAAUUUAAAUUCAAUGUUUGCAAUUGUUAGUGGUUUAGAAAAGCCAGCAGUUCGUAGACUUUCUCAUACUUGGGAAAGAGUUCCAGGAAAAUAUUUAAAAAUGUUGGCUGAUCUUCAACAAUUAAUGGACCCAUCUAGAAAUAUGUCCCGUUAUCGACAACAUUUAGCUCAAUUGGCACAAGAGCCUCCUUUAAUUCCAAUUUACCCAAUACUUCGAAAAGACCUUACUUUUGCACAUGAAGCUAAUCCGACCUUUUGUGGACCUCGUCUUGUUAAUUUUGAGAAACUUAGAAUGAUAGCCCAAAUAAUUAGAAAUAUCCAACGAUUUAGUAGUGUUCAUUAUGACCCUUCUGAAUUAUAUAUUGGAAGUAAUGGUGGAAGUGGAGGUGGUGGGACAGCUGAAGUUAUGUUCCAUCAUGAUGCACUCGACCCCGUUAGUGCCACAAUUCGUAAAGCAACUAAAGCUGGAAUUGGUAAUCGUUUUGGCACAAGUACUAGCAGUAAUGGAGCUGGCCUUUCACGGAAGAAACUCUACGAGAGGACGUUGAUGUUAAGGAGGGUACGGGCAUAUUUACGCUCAAUGCCUCUUAUUGACUCGGAGGCUAAUUUGGAUAAAAUUUCCUUGGAAAUUGAACCUCCAGCUCUCACUUCCGGUCAAAGCAGUUCUGUCCAACAAUUACAUCAUUCUUCCUGUUCUCCUCAUUCCCAACACCAAACACAACCAAGUAGUUCGUCUGCAAGUACUGCACGUAGAAGACUUCCCUCUCCAUCACCUAGCAGUCUUUCAUCUCAAUCGAAUCAAUCAAGUUCUAUAUUCCACCAACAGGAAAAACAAAGGCAAUCAAUGGCUGGAGGGAUAAUUGGUGGUGGUGGUGGUAAUGGAUUGCCUAAAUUUGGCGUUGAAUCUCCACAGGCCGUCCAAAAAAUGUUGGCCUUAGUUCAAAAUUCAAAAAUAAAGAGUCGACAACCCUUUUUUACUUCUUUCCAUCAAAGCUCCGGACGUUCACAUUUGCUUCAAUCACACGGUGCUUUGUCUGCUUCUGCUGAAUUGCCUCCAAUUGGUGUAGAUAAUCACCAUUUACAUAUACAACAAAGAAAAAGAUGUUCUGUUACAAGUAGCAGCACAACAACUGAUGAAAAUGUUAGUUGUAGUGGAAAUAAUGAAAGAGCUGUUUAA